GCUAUGCAUCGUGUGGUGAAAUCUUCAAGCAUUUUACGUGCUCUGUCUGCUACAGGCGCCCGCAAUUAUUCAGUGCCGGCCCCAAAAUCAUCACCCGAGAUUCUUUACACAGGGAUCUUUAUCAACAAUGAGUGGCACAAAAGCUCGACCGGCAAGACCUUUCCCACAAUCAACCCAACCAACGAGAAGGUAAUCGCGGAAAUCCAGCAGGGCACCAAAUCCGACAUUGAUCAGGCGGUCGUAGCGGCUAGGGAAGCUUUCAAGCUAGGCUCGCCAUGGCGUCGUAUGGAUGCUUCGAAGCGAGGUCAACUUCUGUACCGCUUGGCAGAUUUGAUGGAACGCGAUCGGGUGUACUUGGCGAGCUUGGAAACGUUGGACAAUGGUAAACCGUACUUCAUGUCGUACAACGCCGACGUACCGAUGGCGAUCAGCAACUUGCGCUACUAUGCUGGCUGGGCGGACAAGAACCACGGUAAGGUCAUACCGAUGGAUGGCGAAUACUUCGUCUACACCCGCCAUGAACCGGUGGGUGUAUGUGGACAAAUCAUUCCCUGGAACUUCCCGCUACUGAUGGCGGCCUGGAAGUUUGGGCCGGCGUUGGCAACCGGCAAUACCAUCAUCUUGAAACCGGCCGAACAGACCAGCUUGACGGCAUUGUACCUGGCGCAGCUGACCAAGGAAGCAGGGUUCCCACCCGGAGUCAUCAACGUCGUGCCCGGGUACGGUGAUGCCGGAGCCGCCCUGGUCGAUCAUCCUGAUGUGGACAAAGUGGCAUUUACCGGCUCAACUGAGGUCGGAAAGAAAAUUCAACAAGGCUCCGGGUUGAGUAAUCUGAAACGCACCACACUCGAACUAGGCGGUAAAAGCCCCAACAUCAUUCUGUCCGACGCGGACAUGAAGCACGCGGUAGAAACGUCCCACUUCGGACUGUUUUUCAACAUGGGUCAGUGUUGCUGUGCCGGCUCGCGUACCUUUAUCGAGGACAAAAUUUACGACGAAUUCGUGGAGCGCUCUGCUGAACGGGCGAAGAAACGUACGGUCGGCAAUCCGUUCGAUUUAACCACUGAACAUGGGCCGCAGGUCGAUCGGGAUCAGUACGAAAAAAUUUUGGGUCUGAUCGACACGGGCAAGCAGCAGGGAGCGCGGCUUGUCGCGGGCGGAUCGAAGGUAUCGGACCUGCCCGGUUUCUUCAUCCAACCGACGGUGUUUGCGGACGUGCAGGAUGAUAUGACGAUCGCGAAGGAAGAAAUUUUCGGCCCAGUACAGCAGCUGAUCCGGUUCAAAUCACUCGACGAGGUGAUCGAGCGCGCGAACCAGACCGACUACGGUUUGGCGGCAGCCGUCUUUUCCAAGGACAUCGACAAGGUGAACUAUCUGGUGCAGGGUCUGCGGGCCGGUACGGUUUGGGUCAACACGUACAACGUCCUGUCGGCACAGGCACCGUUCGGUGGGUACAAGAUGUCGGGCCACGGUCGCGAAAAUGGCGAAUACGGUCUGCAGGCGUACACGGAGGUAAAAAGCGUCAUCACUCGCAUUCCGGUCAAGAAUUCUUAA